AUGACUGCAACGACGACGAGCGUUGCAUCUUUGACAACGAUGCAGUGGGUGACCAUGCCCGUCAAAGUGGAGCAAGAGCUCUACCUGGAUCCCUCCAUUCGGGACUGGGUACUCAUCCCCAUCACAUUGAUCAUGGUUCUGGUUGGUAUACUACGUCAUUACGUCACCCAACUCCUCGUUUCCGCUCCUAAAAAACAAACUCUGGCUGCGGUGAGAGAACAACGUGCCCUCGCUCGUGGUGCUAUCUUACGUACUUCUACCCCUCUCUCACCACUUUAUCCCUCUCAAUACAAAGCUUUUUCCGUCUCAUUAGCGGCUGCAUUAUCUUCCGGUGGAUACCUGAAAGAAGAAAAACCGAAAGAAGGAGAGGAAGACAAAGUUCAGAAUCCUUUCGAUCCUGCUAAUAUGGACGGAAUGAUGGAUGGAAUGAAGAAUCAGGCUGUUAUGAUGGUACCGAAUAUGAUCAUUAUGCAAUACAUAAGUGUAUUCUUCUCUGGUUUCAUCCUCAUCAAAUUGCCCUUCCCGUUGACAUUGGGAUUCAAAUCUUUAUUGUCGAGAGACAUCGCGAUGCCUGAUUUAGACGUUCGAUGGGUUUCAGCACUCUCAUGGUAUUUCUUAAAUCUCUUUGGUCUAAACGGAGUGUUUAAGCUCCUCCUUGGAUCUGAUAAUGCCGCCGUGGACACGCGAGACAUGUCAGGUAACAUGAUGCCAUCCCUUCCUUCCGGUCCAGGUGCACCCGACCCCUCACGUUUGUUCCGCGCUGAAGUCGAAAACCUCGCUUUGGCAGAAGGUAGUUAUCGAUGGGCUUGUGAAGGUGUGGAAAACCGUGUUCUUGCGCGAUUCGGAAAGGUAUGA